AUGUAAUCAGGAAAAUUUCCACAUCAAUAAAUAAAAGCAAUUAAUUGUUCAUUUAGUCAGUUCAGAUUUGAUAAAAACAACAACAGGAAGAUGAAAAGAACAGAUAAGACAGAUUGCUGUAUAUUUUGUAAGCAGAAAAUCUGCACAAAGAAGAGACAGGUGUGGAAGCAGUUAAUGAACACCGAAUAUAGUGCUGCACUUUUGAGGAAAACUAGAGCUGUGCCAAACAGGCAUGGCAUUCACUGUAUCAAAACUGUUAAUGGUGAAAUUUUAUAUAUCGGAUAUUCAGACCGAAGUGUUCGAAAGAGACUUCUUGCUCACAGUGGGGGUUAUGAUAAGCAAGCCAUUGGUAACUAUUUGAAAGGAAAGGAUUUAAGAGACUUUUUACUCUCCUGGGUUGAGGAGAGAAAGGCGGAAUACCUUGAAGAACCAUUUAUACUUUUCGCUGAAAAGCAACAAGGAGUUCGUCCUAAAUUUAACAUGAAAAGAGGACGUUCAUGUGAACGUAAAGAAGAAUGAUGCCGUAUUUAUUGGACACAUUUGAACCAAAUAUUUUAA